UAUUCAGAGGGACUUGCUUCCCUUGGGCUCUGCAUGCAUCUUUCCCUUUUUGCAUUAUAACUGCUAGGCUUGAUUAUUUUCUCUGCCACCUGUUCAAUUUUGAAAACCAAGUGAUGUCUUUCCAAACUUAUUCAUCCUCCAAAGGCAGUAGAAAAGGCUACAGCUCGUGUUCUGCUUUUGGAGGUGGUGGUGGUGGAGGAGGAGGAGGAUGUAGACGUAGUUUUUCCUCAGGCAGAGGAUUUGGUGGUGGUCUCAGUGGUCAAUAUGGCAGCCGAAGCCUCCAUAACUUAGGUGGAACAACAAGGAUUUCCUAUGGACGGGGCUAUGGAGGAGGCAUGUGUGGUGGUGGCUACAGCGGUGGGGGAUUUGGUGGUUAUGGAGGUGGAGGAGCAGGUAGCUAUGGUGGUGGCUAUGGACGUAUAGGUGGUGGCAGUAUUGGUGGUGGUGGCAUGAGUGGAGGCUAUGGUGGUAUGGGAGGUAGUGGUGGUGGCAUGAGUGGAGGCUAUGGUGGUGGCAUGAGUGGAGGCUAUGGUGGUAUGGGUGGUGGUGGUGGUUUGGGUGGAUUUGGAGGAGGCUCUUUUGGUGGCCCCAGAGGACCUGGAGGUUUUGGCGGUGGGUCUUUCGGAGGACCUGGAGGUCUUGGCGGUGGGCCAGGAGGUAUCCAUGAUGUCCAAGUGGAUCCUAGUCUUCUGCGUCCAAUCCAUGUAGAGAUUGAUCCACAGAUCCAGCAAGUAAAGAAUCAAGAGAAAGAACAAAUCAAGGUCCUCAACAAUGAGUUUGCCUCCUUCAUUGACAAGGUCCGGUUCCUAGAGCAGCAAAACAAGGUUCUGCAAACCAAAUGGCAGAUCUUGCAACAGCAGUCGCAAGGACAAGGCCCACGCAUGAACCUGGAUGGGGCCUUUGAGAAUUUCAUUACUAACCUGCGGAGACAAGUGGAAGCAAUCCAGAGCCAAAGGGCCCAGCUGGAACCCGAGCUUCAGAGUAUGCAACACUACGUGGAAGAUUUCAAGAACAAGUACGAAGAAGAGAUCAACAGGCGUACCACGGCUGAGAACGAAUUUGUGGUGCUGAAAAAGGAUGUGGAUUGUGCCUACAUGACCAAGAGUGACCUGGAAACUAAAGUUGGUGCUUUGGCGGAUCAAAUCAGAUUCCUGCGGGCUGUAUAUGAACAGGAACUGUCUCAGCUACAGACCGUUGGUCAAGACACCUCUAUCGUUGUGAGCAUGGAUAACAGUCGCGACCUCAACUUGGAAGGUAUAAUUGAUGAAGUAAGAAGCCAAUAUGAGGAGAUUGCCCGCAGUAGCCGAGCUGAAGCCGAAGCCUGGUACCACACCCAGUAUGAAGCUCUUCAGAACACAGCUGGAAGACACGGGGACAACUUACAGAGCACCAGGCAGGAGAUUCAAGAGCUGACCAGAGCCAUCCAGAGGCUGCGCUCUGAAAUUGAACAUGCCAAGAAGCAGUGUGCUCAGCUGCAGUCAGCCAUUGCUGAAUCUGAGGAGCGUGGUGAGCUGGCCUUACGGGAUGCUAAGCAGAAACUGGAUGAGCUGGAGAGUGCUCUGCAGAAGGACAAGGCAGAACUGGCUCGCCUAUUGAAAGAGUACCAGGACCUGAUGAAUGUCAAACUUGCUUUGGACAUUGAGAUUGCCAUGUACAGGAAACUGCUGGAAGGAGAAGAGAGCAGACUGUCUGGCCAAGGAUCCCAAGUUCAUGUCUCUGUAAGGAGCAAUACCCACCGAUACGGCGGUGGUGGAAUUGGUGGCGGCGGAAUUGGUGGACUUGGAGGCGGAAUGGGAGGCGGAGGACUUGGAAUGGGAGGCAGUGGACUUGGCGGCGGAAUGGGAGGCGGUGGACUCAGCGGCGGAAUGGGAAGCGGAGGACUUGGAAUGGGAGGCGGUGGACUCAGCGGUGGACUCGGCGGCGGAAUGGGAGGCAGUGGAAUCGGCGGUGGGAUCGGAGGCGGCAGCUGUGGCUAUGGAGGUGGAAGUGGAGGCUACGGAGGCGGAAGUGGAGGCUACGGAGGCGGAAUUAUAAGCGGAGGAGGUGGAGGCAUCGUUAGUGGUGGCUCAGGAGGUUCUUGCAGUGGAGGUGGUUUCUCGCAUGGUUCAGGAGGCGGCUCCAGAACAACCGUAAGGAGAAGCACCACAUCGUCCACCAAAUCUGGUGGAGGAUAUUAAGUCCCAGCAGGUCCAGGAAAAGUGAGCUUCUAGUGGCAGCAGCACAACACCUUCAACCACAUCCUGGUAUUCCAGAAAAGAACAAACUCUUUUGAUCCUCAAAGGAAAUCUGCAACAAGGCACCCUCUUCCAUCUUGCUCCUGUUGCUUAUUGUUUAAAACAUGACCCAUGGAGAAAUGUUGCCAGUGGAGAAUGGUAGUAAAAUGAGCCAAUGGUUUUGUCAUUUAUGAUACCAGCUAGAAGAGAUUUCAUUGAGAUCUGUAGAUCAUGCAUGUGGCAGUGCCUCGUUCAAUAUGCUGUAUAUUUUUGGCUUUUUCAGGGGUAGCUGCCAAAUGGCAAUAUGUAUUUAAAUGACCUUUCCUUCUCUUUCUUGAGGCUUCUCCUUCCAAUAGUUUGUUCUCUUUGGGUGCUGCUGUAAUUCCAUAAGUCACAGAAAAUAUCAGGAUUCCAUUGUUUUUGUCUGUGUUCAUGUUUGGAUCAGUCAACAUUGAAAUUGAGUUAAAACGAUUCUUAUUUGCUUGGGAUUAUCUAGGUAACUAGAUAGUUUUGUGUUAACGAAAGGCAUGUGUUACUCUGUGUUCAUACCACUAGAGUAACAUGGUUCUGCAGAAAAACACUGAAUAAUAUUUGCAUCGUUUGGAAAGCUGUCGUCGUAAAUAUCAUUCUUAUGCCAAUUCCAGUUCUUAUGCACCUGUCUUUGUUUCUCAUGGUUUGUUUCCCAUUUCCUUGGGAAGUGGCCAUUCUCAAUAAACUGCAGUCAAAUCA